AUGGCGUGCUUCUCCUUAACCCCAAACGACCUGGAUGCCUUCGAUAACGGUAAGGUCAAAGGUCAAGCUCAGUCAGGAGUUCAGGGGAUUAAAAUCUCAAAGAGUAUAAAUCCACACAAAAAAGAAAAGGGUCACCUGUGGUUUCUCAGGGCCCGGGGUCAGCGAGGGAAAGGUCAGGUCGCCUUGGGUCUCGGGUGGAUCCAAAGAACAGGUGAAUUUUUGAUAUUAGUAAACUCAGGGAAAAAGUAUGCUUGUGAAAGAAAGCAGCAACUGAAGAGACAAAUUUGUAAGCUUGCUAUGUGGGCGUGGCUGCUGCUGGCGUCCCUCCCGUGUUCCUUGGCUCAGAGGACCUCGAGCGUAGGAUUCAGCGUGAGGAAGCUGAAGACGCCUUCGUUUCUGACCUUGGAAGGGCCCGCGCGAGUGAGGUUCCAGGACACGCUGACGAACCUCCUCGGUGCCUGGGACGAGGACAAGGCUCAGUUCGUGGCACCCAGAGACGGGGCGUACUACUUCUCCUUCCACGGCAUUGGCACCAAGAACAGCGACUUCACCCUCGCCCUCAUGAAGAACGGCGAGUACCAGGUGACAGCUUACGGAGGGCCGCCCAAGUACGAGUGGGCGAGUAACUCCGCCCUCCUCGUCCUCAAAGCUGGUGAUAAGGUGUACCUCGAGCUCCAGGAUGGCAGUAUGUACGACCAUCCAGGCAGAGAAGCAUAUACGACCUUCACCGGGUUUUUGGUGUUCGGGUGGCAAUGGAAAGCAGAUAAGCCUAAAGAUAAACAUAGGAGACUUAAUGUUGUUUUAGCUGAAGUAAGAUCGCAAGAGUAG